AUGCCACCCAGCGCGUACUCCCCGGUCCUUGAGACCAGUCGCAUCUUCUCUGCGCUGUGUGACCAGUCGGAACGCUUCGACUUACCACCCGAGGUUCUUGCGAACAAAGACCGCGUUUCGUUCUCUACCAGUCAUAAUGAAAUCUACUUCCCAAUUCCCUUUAAAGAGACCGAGACUCUCGCUGCCCUGAAGGGUAUCGAAGGUUCCGUGGCUGCGGCCAUUGCCGACCUGCGCUUCGGUGCUGGUGAGGAACCUCGGGGCAUUCAAGUCAACCUCGAAGCUGCCACUGCCUUUGGAUGCCAAGCGUACAUGGCAAAGGUUGAUGGUCUGUCAAAAUUGGACCCAGCUGUGAAAACAAAGCUGAAGAACACGGAUUUGCUGGCUGCCCAAUCCAACGGCUACCGACGUAUGUCGGCGAAUCUUUACAAGACUAAGAACCCAGGCGAAUACUUCCAUAUCCAUGGCUCUCUGGAGGCUACAACCACCUUGAACAUGAUUGGGCUCGAGGGCCAACGACCAGACCUGACUGAUUAUGAAGAAAUCAUCAAGGUCAUCGAGAGCAAAGUACAGCAAUACACAGCUGCGGAGCUUGAAGAUAUGAACAAAGAGAAACGCCAGGCCGGUGUGACUGCUUACAAACAUGAGGACUUUAUCAAGACUCCCCAUGGAAAACUUAAUGUCCAAGAGCCUGCAUGGAAAGUCAGCAAAUUGCCUGGUGAUCUUCCUCCAACUCCUUUCCCAGCUAGACGCAACGGCAGCAAGAAGAUCCUCGAGGGCAUCAAAGUACUGGAGCUCUGCCGUAUCAUCGCAGGCCCGACUAUUACCCGCAUUCUAGCCGAAUAUGGUGCCGAUGUUUUGAAGAUAACCAGCCCAAACCUUUCCGAUGUGCCGUUUUUCCAAGUCGAUGGUAACAUGGGCAAGAUUGCAGCAGAUCUUGAUUUGAAGAGCGAGGCUGGACGAAAGGAGUUUGAGAAGCUCCUGGAUGACGUGGAUGUCAUCGUAGACGGCUACCGUCCCGGAGCACUAGAUAAGCUUGGCUACGGAGCAGAGGCCAUGGCUGCGUUGGCCAAGAAGCGCGGCAAAGGCAUUGUUUACGUGAAUGAGAACUGCUUCGGAUACGAGGGCGAGUGGGCUGGCCGCGCUGGAUGGCAGCAGAUCGCAGAUUGCGUGACUGGAAUCGCCUGGGCCCAAGGCCAGUUCAUGGGCCUCUCAACACCCGUUGUACCUCCUUACCCCAUCUCCGACUACGGCACAGGCUGCAUGGGCGCCAUCGCCGCGCUGACUGGUCUCUAUCACCGCGCGAAGACCGGUGGCUCCUACCACGGCAAAGCUUCGCUCAUGCACUACGACCUUCUCCUCUUUGCAAUGGGCCAAUACCCCGCUGAUGUGCAGGAGGAGCUUCGUAAGGUGCAACCGCCUGAGUUCUUCAAGUUGCGUCACUGCGACAGUGUUGACCGCAUCUCGUCGACCGUGCUGAAGGGCAUGCAGGAGCGAUUCCCGCACUUGUACAAGCCUGCCGGUUCUGAGUCGGAAGGUCGCAAGCCAUUGACAGAGUUAUGGACAUCGCGCGCAUAUGGUGCGGAUAUCGAGAUUGUGAAGCCAGUGGUAGUAAUUGGCGGGGUGGAUAAUCAGUUUGUGCGGUCUAGUCGUCCGAACGGAUUUGACCGAGCUUCAUGGGAGGAGUUUAGCGUCAAGGAGACAGAUGUGAAGAAAUGCUAG